AUGCCUCCAAGCUGUCUAGUCGAGAAUUUCCUCAGUUCGCUUCCGGUCGUCAACCUGGAAGACCUAUGGGCUCAACGGCAGUGUGACAUAUGUCAUGAGUCUUUCUUCGAAUGGGCGGAGAAACCGCUGAAGCUCCCAUGCGGGCACAUCUUCGGAAGUAAAUGUAUCGCCGAAUGGCUGUCCCCCACUGCGGUUGACCUUAAACCAAAGAACACUUGUCCCAUAUGUCGAGAGGUGCUCUUCUCACAAUCUGGACGGCGAUUCUGGGACAGUACUUCGCUUGUACCAGGUACGCGCGGAGUACGUCUUCCGGUUCCUCUCCUCACCUCCGCAGCCCGUGGUGGCCGUCAGAAUGCAAUCAUUCAUCCUGGACUUCUUGCUCGUCUGGCAGAGGCUCAAAAUCGAGGUUCUGCAGGGGGCCGAAAUGCACCCAGCCCAGUUGCAGAGGCACUAGCGUCACUUCGUGCCAUCAUCAGAGAGCUUCCGGGUAACAAAGCAGGGAGAGAAACCGCGGAAUCGAUCCCCGUUUCUGUGAUCGACGAUGCAGUGCACUCGCUUGCUGCGCAAAUGGGCCGUCUUUAUGAACAUCAUGAGCCACGAAUAGACGAGGAGACGACUAGUAUUUCUUGGGAUUCGGAAGGUCCGGAGGUUUCAUUUCUGCGGGACCCAGUGUGGGCGCGGUGGUGUGAGUGGCAGUUGCAGGAACUGGUGUACAUGGAGCUCAACACGGUAUAG